CGACUUCCUUUGAUAAAUAGACUUUAGCACUGAAAGAAGGUUCCAAGGAACUUUGCCAGAACAAAAGGCAGACUAUGAUGCGCCAUAGUUGCGAUAGCCUUUUACAGCGACUAUGUGGACCGCGUGUGAUUUAAAGAAUGUACAUUUUUAUUCAGUCAGUUUUCUAUAAGAUAAAAGCAUCACGUCUACGGGAUGUUAACCAGCCAGAGGCGAAAAAGCGGGUUAGCGAGGCAGCUACUUUUAGUUGUCUAAACGACUGUUUAAACGACAGAACCAUUGCCAGCUUAUUUCGUUUUCUGCACUUCUGUUUUUUAAAGAACGGAUUGGUCUUGAAGAUGUUAUUCUAGCUACCUUUGGUAGUGGGUUCAGAAAACUUUACAGCAAUCCAGCAGUUCUGUGAGAACAGGACUACAGAGGAACAUCAGCUGCAGGUUAUUUAUAACUAAUUAGAUACGCACUCAAGUGAUCUCCUCUAAUGAAAUCAAUGGCGCCAACACGAGAGUUGUCAUGGUGACAGCGUUCUGAAUGAAGCGGACAGUCCCGAUUACAUUCCCUGGCGUGACAGUUGCGUAUUUGAUGAGCUAGCAUCUUUAAAUUCUCUUAAAAAUGGGGUGUUCUGUCCUGGUGCUCACUAUCAUUGCAUCCACUCUUGGUGGCCUAGUGUUCGGCUAUGAGCUCGGAAUAAUAUCUGGAGCUCUGCCGCAGCUUCAGUCUCAGUUCUAUCUGGGUUGCGUCCAGCAGGAAGCUGUGGUUAGUGCUCUUCUGAUCGGAUCAUUGACAGCAUCUGUGAUUGGUGGCUGGCUGAUUGAUCAUCAUGGCAGGAGGACAUCUAUUUUACUGAGUAAUCUCCUCAUUCUGGGAGGCACCAUUAUCUUAACUACAAGCAUAUCUUUUUUGGCAUUGGUGGUUGGUAGGGCCAUCAUUGGUUUUGCAAUGAGCAUUUCUUCCAUGAGCUGCUGCAUCUUUGUAUCUGAGAUGGUUGCCCCUGAACGCAGAGGGUUAUUGGUUACCCUGUAUGAAGUUGGAAUUACGGUUGGAAUCUUGUUGGCUUAUGCCGUCAACUACAUCUUAUCUGGUGUCCAAGCAGGAUGGAGGUACAUGUUUGGAUUUGCUAUUAUACCAUCUCUCAUGCAGUUGGUGUCAAUUUGGUUUUUACCUCAGAGAACUGUUUCCUCUGAAAGCCUCAUAACAGAAGACGAUAGCCAGCAAUCUGAUCGAUUAGCAGAGGAAACGUCAAAUCACCACCCAGCGGAACAUAUUAAAUAUAGUGUCUUUGACCUUUUCAAAACCAAAGACAACAUGUGCAGAAGAACUGCCAUUGGUCUUGGGCUGGUGCUCAGUCAACAAUUUACAGGUCAGCCAAAUGUCCUCUUCUAUGCUUCCACUAUCCUUUUCUCUGUGGGAUUUCAGAGCAACGCUUCUGCAGUUCUUGCGUCGGUGGGUCUGGGUGUAGUCAAAGUCAUUGCUACUUUGUUGGCAAUGGUAUGUUCAGACAAGGUUGGUCGAAGAUCACUUCUGAUUGGUGGAUGCACAGUGCUGGCUAUAGGAUUGAUACUUACUGGUUUCUUGUGUGGACAGUCAGUGAUUGAUACAAAAAAACAAUGCACUUCAUUAGAACCACAUUCAAAUUUGACUUUACCGACUGAAAAUCAAGAAAACGUGGGCAACAAUUUGGUCAAUCAGAGUCAAAGUACUCCAUCCACUGGACAUGAAACACAUUAUGCUUAUGGGGAUUCAACUAUUUUUUCAGAGGAUGUGUAUAAAUGGAUUAUUUUUGUCUGCAUAAUGGCAGUUGUGAGUGCCUUCUCAGUCAGCUUUGGACCAAUGACAUGGCUUGUGCUAAGUGAGAUAUUUCCAAAGGAAAUCAGGGGAAGAGCCUAUUCAUUUAUCAACUGCUUCAAUGUGGGGGCCAACCUCAUAGUUACCUUUUCUUUCUUGAGCAUAAUAGAUGUGAUAGGUCUGUCUGGAAUAUUCAUUGUGUAUGGAGUUAUUGGAAUGGCAGCAGUUGUGUUCAUUUACCUUGUACUACCAGAGACAAAAGGAAAAUCUCUUCAUAAAAUUGACAGAGAACUAUCUCAGACACGAUUUUUCCACAGAGAGGAAUUCUGCAAUAUUUUCCAAAGAAGACAUUUCGUUCCAGGUUAUCAGAGAAUUCACCUGACAAGCACAACAACGUGACAUAAAGUUAUGAAGUCCCCCUGUUGACUAUCAAUAUGGAACGUUCUGUUCACUGGAUAAUACUGAUCUAUUUUUGCUUUAUCUUUUGUAGUAACUAUUGUACUUUGGUUCACGUCAUAUUUAUUAGUGAAUAAUCUUAAUGAAUCAUGGUAUUCUUUUGUAAUUGUAAUUUUAAAUAAGUAUAAAUUACCUGUAUUUUUAUCACAUUUGUAGUCUGUGACAAUAUCUGUUUCAGAGAAUUUUAAAAAUGUUUAAAUGGUUAAAACAUUGAUUAAAUUGUGUUAUAUUCUGUGGAAUUGCACACAGAAUAGAGAUAUAGAGAGAUGUUGGGACAUCUGUAAUUUUUCAUGUAGAUUUGUGUUGCCAAUAAAUGACAUUUUUUAUAUAUUUACUUAUAUUUAUGCAGUUCAGUGAAAAAGGUAAUGAAAAAUUCCAUACAAAUAGGGCACAAUACAAAAAUAAAACUCCUUUAUAUGUCAGAUUG